AGAAAGAUGUCUCCACAAGUUCCACUCGAUGAAAAAAAGCACUUAAAACAUGACAUCGAGGAUAAAGAAAAUUGUUUGCAAGACUUUUUACAAAACGAUGAUCUAGAUCCAUUCUUGUGUGACGAAGACUGGGCUCCGCAAGACACUUUAAACUUAUCCACCACACAACGUUGUGUCAUAUUGCAUGUAAAUACAAACGGCAACACAAAGUGUAUACACCUACAAAGCACUACAAACUCCUCCGAUAAAGCAUGGUGCACCUUAUCAUUCCCCUGGACCCAACUCGCUUUACAACCAGGCGACAUAAUAUCCAUAAAAGCCUUAAACGACAACAACAAAUGGAUCGUAAACGCAACCAACGGUUUGCUAGUAACCGAUCCUGACUCCCUUAUAUCUGGUACAAGUGUCGUUGGUGGUUUAUUUUGUGCACGCAAAGGAGUCUUGAGUGAAAUAUACAAAGGCAUCGACAUCGAGAGCAAAAUCAUGACCAUCGGAUCACUUGUGCAUGAGCUGUACCAAAGUUGCAUACAAAAUACCAAAGUUGAUGAUGAGUUUGUACGUAACGUGUGGAAAGGGAUAAUGCAAAAAAGUAGUACGAUACAGAUGUUGUAUCGUUCACAACUUACGAGCGAGGAGAUUAAUGGUGAGAUUGAUAAGUUUGUGCCUAAGAUUGUCGAGGUUAUGUCCAAGAAGCCUGUGGAGGUUCUGGAUAUCGAGGAGAACUUAUGGGUGCCUUCGUUAGGCCUAAAAGGUUGGAAUAACCCCCGACCAAAUCGGCAUAAUAGCCCCAUAUCGCAAACAAGUAUCCUUACUCCAAAAAACAGUACAACAAAACCUCGAAGACAUCCUAUCUACAUCCUCUACAUCCUCCCCCUCUUUCUCAGUCGAAGUAAACACAGUAGACCAAUUCCAAGGCAGAGACAAAGACAUCAUAAUAUACUCUUGCACCAAAUCGACACCACCAGCUCCCGCACUAUCGGAACCUAAAAGAACUACAACCGAAGGCGAAAUCUUAAACGAUAAGAGAAGACUGACUGUGGCCCUUACAAGGGCCAAGUGUAAAUUAAUAAUGAUCGGAGACAUGGACACGUUGAGGGAUUAUAGGCCCUUUAAAGAAUUGUGCUC